AUUCGACAUUUUCGACAGUUUUCAAUGUUUUGAAACGGUUAGAAAUAGUCUUUCAUAUCAUGAUUUAAUUUAUUGACAUUCGCGCGGCAAAUGAUCGCGUCCGCAAUCAAGAAAUAGCACUUAGAGUGAUCUCACAUUAUUUUUCGAACGUUCAUUAUCCAUGCGGUUUUUAAUUUCUCCAUAACAUGUCAGAUAGCAUAAGUACUGGUACGCCGGACAGCCGAGGUAGCGUCAUGUAUACCCCGCGAACACCUCGAAUGCGUCAACGACAACGGUUCGAUUUGAGUACGUGGGUAGAAGAAGACGAAAUCGAUGGACUGGAAGGCUUAGUAGCCCAAACAUGGAACAUUUAUGCAGUAUCUGCUCUGUUUGGCAUCGAACAAGACGAUGUUCACUUUAAACUAUAUUCGAAGAAAUUGAGAGAAGAGAUUGCAAGCACCUUAUCACGUGAAGAUGUAACUUAUGACGCAAAGUUUUCUGUUAUGGAAGAUAUUACAUCUAAACCAAAUAAUGAGGAUCCUGUAAUCAAGAUUGAAGUUAUAGCUAAAAUCCAUGGUCGUGAGGAUAGUGUUGAAAAAUCCAUUUAUAAAGGAGUAUUAUUAUCCUGGAGCUUAACACGGACCACAUUAAAUAUACAGAAUUCUAUAAGAUUGCCUCUUCUACUGUGUCGUGGCACUCGCAGCUGUAUGGACGCAGUACAUACUAUCAUCAGUCGUAUGUUUGACUGCUUGAUAGUUACACUACCAGCUAACGACGAUGACUUACGUUGGCUAGUUCCAAUAAUUAUUACAGCUACUAAUGAGGAUAAGCCUAUAAUUUUUGGUGAAGUUCAAAUGGAAUACACAGUACCAGAAUUACCAAUUACAGAUAUCAUUAAAAUUAAAUAUCAUAGUUCAGACUUGAAGGAAAUAUUAUCAGCUAUUGUCGGAGAUCAAGAUAAUAGAGUUAAUGUAUUUCUUGAUUACGAACACAUGGAAACGUUCCAUAAAGUUUUACAUGAGCAAAUGUUAAUUGCAGGAGGUUUACAAUUAGGAUUAUGUACAUUACACAGGAUUAAUCUGCCUGGAAUAACAAUAAUGGGGAAUAGAAUGAAAAUAACAAAUGUAGAAAUUAUGAAUAAUAUAUUGUUAUACUUUAGUGACAAAGCUCUUGAUAUAUUUCAUACAGUGCAUAUUGAUAUAUGA